AUGUUGACAGUUAUGAACGGAAUCAAAGUUGAUGCUGGAGAAACAAAGUUGUUGCUGGUGAUGUUAAUGAUGAUUCACGUGGCCGCCAAACCUUGCAUUUACACAUCCCCGUUGACGCUGCAAUUGUUAUUAGAAUACGCGGAAUGGCGAUCUUGGGAUCAAGUGGUGCUUUUUGAUAAUGUCAGUCCAUUCAAUUGCGCCCUUAAUUAUGCCCGGCCAUUGAUCGAGUGUUUCGGUGAAAGAGGCAUCAGCGUGUCUCUACAAUCGGCAACGAAUCCAAAUGUACCAGACGCCCUUACAAUUCGAACGCAUCGCGUCGGCUCGAUCGUGCUCUUGGAUGGACUCAAUCUGACAUCACCUGAUAAUAUUAUUCAAGUGGCCUCUCAGAAAUUUCUGUUCAACUAUUACAUCUCCUGGCUUAUGGUGACCACACGAAAAAACGAUUCCACCAUCGAUACUGUUCUUCGGGAUCUAAAUAUCGGCAUCGACAGCGACGUGAUCGUGGCUACCUCGCCGUUACAGAAUGACGCUGCCGCUUGGACGUACGCUCAGAAAUAUCGGAACAAGAUAUGUCGGUCCCUCCAACGAUACGGCGAUCGCUUCGAGUUCGAGUUCACGGGACCGCCGGAGGGCCGCAACGUCGAGAACGCCACGAUCAAUUUGAGCUACGUCACCGAGGAGAAUCGCACGGUGUCGUUCUACUUAAUGCACACCUAUAAAAUACGUCACUCCGACAAUGCGAGUCUAAUUGUUCGAUAUCUCGGUUUCUGGAAUCCGGACUCUCACACUCUGAAGCUGCCGAUGAGCGUGAAGCUUAGAAGCGACUUCAACGGCCUUCCCAUUGUCUUUGGGGUGUUGAACGGAACCAGCGAUGGGCAGUCGGACGUUAUCGAAUCGGACGCCACCGCUAAUGACAUCGCACCGCUUUUGGACUUUGCCACCAUUGUCACUCAUAGCGUGAACGCCAGUAUCGAGCUGGUGCCACACGAAAAGCUCGGUACGUUAACUAACAAAGUAUGGAGCCAUCUUCUCGGCGAUGUUGUGACUGGCACCGUCGACAUCGGUUUAGGAUACAUAACGGCGAACGACGAGGAGCGUUGGGCGGAGAUGACAUUUAGCCAUCCUUUGAUACGAUACAUGAGAAAUAUUUAUUAUCAUCCAUUGGAGACCGGUACGAUGAGGGAUAUAUUUUUGCAACCGUUCGACAAUCGAUUGCUCGGCUGCGUCGCAGGAACAUAUCUCAUCAUGUUAAUCGCAAUGGCGACAGUUAUUUACGCCGCUAAAACGAUGUUGCAUGAUGAGGAUGAAAAACACGUCGGGAUUGGCGAAUCUGCUCUUUGGUGCUUGAGUAUCAUGUGCAUGCAAGGAUCACCUUGGACGCCUCGAAGUCCGUCAGGAAAGACUCUGUUGUUAUUCAGUUUAAUAUUCUCCCUUGUAAUGUACAACGCCUACGCCGGCUUCAUCACAUCCAUCCUGUCGGUGCAGGCCACUGGAAUCAAAUCGAUCACUGAUCUUCUCUUUAAUAAUUUCAAGCUAGGAUACAGUGCCGCCGACGAUACAUAUAUAAGAAACGCGAACGACAGCAAUCUUCGUCAGUUGUACAUAAAAGCGUUCAACAAUCGCGAAUCCCGCCUGGAGACGAGGACCGGCCUCAUGAAAGCCGUCAAAGGACGGUAUGGAUUCUUCGUCAGCGCGACUCUCGCACGGCGAGCCCUCAGAACGACCUUCAUACAGGAACGGUGCACCUUGAAGGAGCUGCUGCUUCCGCAAACGCUUACGAUCGUCGCUCUUCCCAUGGCCAAGAGUUGCCCGUACAGGAAGAUCAUCAAUCUCAAUAUAUUGCGGAUAUACGAACGCGGCGUUCUGGACAAGAUACAGGAACGGAUGCUGCCGACGAUGCCGCGGUGCGCGGCGUCGGCGGCUUUCCACAGCGCGAGGCUCGCCGACGUUUACUCCGCCUUUUUCCUCCUGGUGGCGGGUAUGGUCACCGCGAUCUCCAUCGGCAUCUUCGAGAGGAUAUGGAACAAACGGAAGCAGAUGCGGGAGACCGUCGUGCGCAGUAUACGCAGGCACAAUCUGAUACCGCAUCUCCACUUCCAUCAUCAUCAUCAUCACGACGGUGCAGGUCACGUACGUCCCGACGACCGUCAUCCUCACCUUCGCGUCGCCGCUCCGACCGGCAAACUCCGCGGCUACGAUCCCGCUUAUCUGUCCAUGUUGCAGAAUCACGCUCGUCAGGUGCAGUCGCUCGUCGGUAUUCAGGAACGCGACGUUUCUCCGGAGAUGCCGAGGGGCCCCGGCCUGGAGCCGCGUUUGCAGGUGCGCCGUAGAUCGGCAGGUCUCAAGAGAGCGUCUUGGGCGUCUUUCUCGGGCUUAUCUAAGAAGAAGAUAAGACCAACCGAGAGAAUCCCAAUCUCGAAUGCGGAGAACAUCCGAGUCUUUCCGUUUCGCGAUUGAAAUCCCGAUUCUACGGUAUCGAUCUGUUUAUAAAUCCAGAUUUUUUCGGUGCGAUACUAUAUAAUCACGCUAAUUUAGAUUGUUAAUUUAAAUUAAUUUAAGUCUCGCUAAUUUAAUGUAAACUGUUGUAAAUACUUUAAUUAACUGCGAGAAUAUAUUAGUCUCAUUUUUAGACAAUUUUUCACAAUUUUACACAUAUAUCGUGUUACGCAUUCUGGCAAAUUUAAAUUUAGUACGACAAAUGUUUGUUUUCAUUUCAGUUGUAACAUAAAAAUAAAAAUAUCAUGUCAAAUAGUA